AUGUCAGAAUUAUAUACAACCGAAAUUCUCUACGCCGAUGCCUGUGGUAAUCGUGCGAAGGGAUCAACCAUUCACCCAAAGCAGCCAUUAAAGAUAGCCUAUAGAAAGUUCACACCUACGGCGACCAAAAAAUCCAGUAAACGGCUUGUGAAUUUAUUCUUCGUUCAUGGAAAUGGGAUGAACAAAGGAAUAUGGACAGUCCACAUUCGAGAACUCUUCCAACGGUUCAAUGGUAGCACGGAUUCCAACACUACAAUAAAUACAGCUGUUGCAAUGGAUGUGUUUAACCAAGGUGAUUCUGCCGUGGCUAAUAUUGGGAAAGCUGGCUACAACCAUGACUGGAAAGAUUCUGCUAGAGAUGUCAUAUCCAUUAUGGAGAAUGAAGAACGUGAGUCGUUUGUUUCUACUCCUAAUGUUGUUAAUAUAUUGGCAGGCCAUUCUAUGGGUGGACAUAUUGUUCUUGUGGCUGCUAGUUAUGCUCCACAUAUAGUAGGUGCGACUAUCCCCAUAAACCCAGUAGUGAAUAUACCAGAACAAGGCCAUUACACCUUCACCAAUUGGUUCAAAGCAGGUUAUUUGAGAGACACAUUUUCAGACCACCAGGAUUAUCGUGGGUUUAUUAAUGGUAAGUCCUUUUUCCAAACCUUUGAUCCUGUCGUAUUGAAAGAAAUGCUAGGCGAUGAUGAACAAGUGUGUGAAGAUGGCCAGAUAAGGUUGAAGUCCAACACCAUCUCACAACUAGUCAACUACAACUCAAUGAGGGAUAACUUAGACGAAAGUGAUGAGUGCUAUGCUGAGAUACGCACGCCUGUUGUAUAUGUGACCUCCGAACUAGACUUUAAUCAUUAUAGUUCGGAGUUUAUGCGGAAUUUGAUAACCAAGUCUCGGUUCGAGCACAUCCAUCUACCAUUUGGAAGACAUGUGGUUCAUGCUGAAAGCCCUUAUGCCAUAGUUGACAUAAUCCAGAACACUAUAGGUUCUCUUGUGAGACAGAACUCGUCACCAAGCCCCAUAAAAAUAUAG